AUCAUCAGGGAGGAUGGAGGAAGCAUGGACAUCUGAAACGUCGGUAAACUUCUACCAGACUACACGGCGCAACAACGCAGAAGCCAGCCAUCUUUACUUCUAAUACUGUGUCAGUAUGUUACUUGUUUUAUUACAAUCUUGAGUUGUGUCAUGUAAUUUUCUGUCAUAUAAUCGUACAGAAAUAACUAUUUAUAAAAUCUUUGGUCGUGGCAGGUGACAGCGGGUGAAAAUUAAAAUAAAACUGAAAAUGUCUGGCCUGAUAAAUAUAAUAUAGACUUUCUGUAGUGUGGUUAGAGACAGGAAAUUCAACUAAGUUCUCCACUAAAAAUAUCUUUAUCACUUUAUUUUUAUAUGCCACAUUUCCUCAAUUUUAAGACAGUAUUUUCAAUUUUUAAUUUGACCGAAAUUAGGGUGCAUUUUACUUUUAUUGGCAUCAAAGAAUCAAUACAGUAUCUUUUUUUCAGAAAACCCAUUACUAAAUUUAGGGAGUCAUAAAUUUGAGGAAAUGCAGUAUCUUUUCUUUUAUUAGCCAUAUUUGUGGUAUUCUUUGAAUUAACCAGUCUGUUUCUAAAUGCAUUAUUUGUAACAGCUGUUUGUAUGCAGAUUAUUAUGUAAUUAAUUUUCGAAGUUUUACCAGGAAGUGCAUCUGAAAAUAUUUCAGAAUUGUAUAUGAAUAUUACGUACUUCGGCUCAUCGGUAACUGGUUGUUUAAUUUUGCUGCACCGGUUAUAAAGAUGUCGAUAUUUCUAUUCAGCCUAUUUCGUGAUAUCCAAUAAUCGCUGUUAGCUUGAAAUAAUCUAAAUUACCAAAAUAAAAACUAAAAUAAUGCAGCCUUGAAAUGUAUAUUGAACAUUCUGUUAAUCAGUAGCAAAGAGUGAAGAACAGUUUUCAUGUAUGAGAAUUGUAUGUUUUUUUUUGUUUUUUGUUUUUGUUUUUACGAGACUUAGUGAAGUGAUGUGGAUUGGUUAGUAAGCUUUUGUUGUAAGUAUUGAGGUUAUGUUCCAGAAUUCUUUUGGUGUGGUGGUGGCUAGCAUGGAAAAAUGAAAGAAGAAUUCUCGGCAUUGGACGUCUGUUAACAUUUACACUUUAUAAGCUGAGUUUAUUUUGUUUUGUGAUGUUAAUUUUUCCGCAGCUGUCUGUAGAGUGUGUGUCGUCUUCUGGGUUGUAAUUUAAUGUAUAAUUGGAAUAAAAUGGGCAAAGUAAGUUUUUUCAUGGGGAGGUAAUGGCCCCGAAAACGGGCUGAAGUGACACAAUUCUGAUGUUUCUUCCUAUUGUAGGUGGCAUUAUUACCCAGAAUACUACAUAUCAAAAGUUUUAUUUGCAUUGUUGACAUUAUUUAAAGAAUAUUAAAUUCUAUUUCCAGAUUUUAUAAUUCUGGAAAAGGGUAACAUUGAAGUGGCCAGCCGACACGCCCCCGCACCUCACAAAGGGGCAAACUUUCCUCCAUUUCAAAUUGUUUGGUAAUUUGUGUUGUUGGGGGUGGUAGCAUUGUCAUCGUUGUUAGGUGGUUCUGCAGUUUCAUAUCGCAGUCCUUCUUGGGAACAGCAAUUGUGUACAUUUACUGGCUGAUAAUUUAUGACGUAUAAUAUUUCGUAGUUACGUUCAUUUACAACGUCUGAGUCACUCUUCAGUCUUGGUGAGUUUUUGUGGCUUCAUUAUGUGAUCUGUAUGCCACUUACUCAGUAUCCAUGCCGUGUUAUUUAGUGACUACAUAACGUUGCGCAGUAGUAAUACGCGCAGUAAUACAGUACGGUCUUUCUUUUGCGCACGAUCACUGGAUUCAUUGCUAGGAGUCGCUGCGAGUCGGUAGCAAAGACAUUGUGUUAUACUCCCCUUAGAUAUUUACGUGUGAAUCAGUGUUGUGCGAGAUUUAUUUUGUGUUGGACACGGAUGUUGUUUAACUUCGGCAUCAAGUGUUCUUGUAUGAAUCUUGUGUUCAAGUCUUCUAGGAAGUGUCUGAGAAAAUUCAGAAAUAAGGUGAAGUCAUCCUGGUCCGCCCCAGGUCAUGCUAGUAGUUGGGGGGAAGGGUUACUGUUGAACCACUGAACAAACAGUAUCAUUUGAAGACUCGGAGUGCGAGGCCGUGUUGUGUAGCUCAAGCAUGUGGGGCGUGCUUGUACUAGUAAUAUUGAACACAGUUUUAAUUCCAACAAGCAAGUGUGAAGAAAUUGGGGCAGAGUACCUCAAGUCUGUUAUGAGUAAGCUACAAAGUGAACGGUUGGAGCCAUCGGCCCUGUGGAAUAACAUUGAGGAUGACACAGCAUAUAGUACUCCGGAGCGUCACGACACAGCAGGGAAAAUCAUGGGACCAACUCCUCUUCCAGUUAUAGAAACAGAGCUAGAACAGAGUCCUGCAGAACAUCCCAAAGAAAAAUUACCACCACCACAACCUCUAUCAAAAGAAGAGCUGACAGCUUUCUACCAAGCAGCAGUGAACAAGGGCGCCAUCUUAGAUUUGGCUAGCAUGACAUCUGGCUCCGUUCAAGGAAUGCAGGCGCUUGAGAAUUUGUUUGGUAGUCUGAAUGUGAACAAGGAUCAUGCACAGGAAGAUCAAGGAUAUUACUAUUAUUUCUACCCUAUCAAGAGUUUUGACACUGAAUCAACCAAGACCAAUGAGGUAAAACAAACAAAUACACCUGCUCCAUCAAGCAAACCAGCAUCCCAAAUGGCUACAAUGAUUCCUACCGCAAUGAUGAUUUUUGAUUCAGGAACAAAUAAGAGUGUAGAGCCUCUGUUCAUGGCAGUUGCUGGAUUUGUUGGAAUGGCGCUCAUGUUUGCCUUCUCCGUUUUGUUCUUCCCAAAGUUUGGAAAUCUUCGAUCCAGAGGAAUCUCGGCUCUUAAACAUGCCCCCGAUGAACUUACAACCCUCACCAAACUCAUUCUAGAUGGCAUCAAUGGUAAAGACUGUACCGAGAGAAUCGCAUGCGAAGUUGGGCGUGCCGUUCGAAAGAUGAGAUUGGACAAGAAACCAAUGAGAGUGCUCGAGAUUUUGUUACCUCCUUCCCUGAGCAAGCAACUUCAGCGUAUUCGAAAGGCAGCAGCAAAGAAAGAAAAAUGCAAUUUCAUACCAUGUAAACGGAAGGGGGCGAGAGAAUUGUAAAGGUGGCAGAAGUUGCCUUAUAUAACUACAGACAUAUUUAUUUAUUUAUUUAUUUCAAUGUUUGACUGAUGGAAAAGACAGGCUGGGAUUUAAGUUCAGGUGGAUAUAUAUUAAUACAAGAAUUCUCAUACAGUAUCUAACAGCGUCUUCUCUGGCAUUACACAAGGUUUAUAAGGUGCAUAGAUUCAAAAUAGAUUCUUUUAUUUUUAUCUAUUUUUGGUUUCAUUAAUGAUACUUACAGUUGCUUUAUACAGUGACAGACAAUAGAAUAAUUAAUGAAUUGGAAAGGAAUUGGUCACAUCACUUUCUCUUCAGAGAUUUUACUGGUGAUAUUAAGAAAAAUCACAAAAACACCCAUUCAGGAUAGUCGGUCUCUGGGCCAAGAUUUGAAUUUGGGUUCUCCUGAAUAUUCAAGUAACCACUCAACAACAAUAUUCAGUAGAACAGACUGUGGCCGUGAUCGCUGCAAUACAGUUAGUGAGAUCAGUGUUCAAUUUUCAGUAGUAUUAAUAAUAUGGGAUUUGAGACUUUCGCGGCAAGUACAAUCAAUAAAAUCUUCUCAGCUGAUUGACCGAGAAGAUUUUAUCGAGUAUUAAUAACAUUUAAAUAAACUAAAGCAGUAUACAGAAUGUAAGUAAAUACAAAGGAAUGUUCUGUACUGUAUAUUUAGCUGGUAAUGAACACUAUAUCAGGUACAGUUGGCUGCAUUUAAUGUUCCAUAAAUGUAUAUUUUAAUAUAAUGAAGUGAAUGUUACCAUAUUCCUUGCAUAAUGGGCAAGUUUUAAUGAACAAUUCUGGGUUGUCAGUGGGAAUCUAUUGCAUUUCUAAUUCAUGUAUCACUUUUCUGACAUACAUAAAUGUUACUUUUUAACAGCUGGAGAACUCUACCUAUAUGGUAUGUAUUUCAUAAUGUAUUUGUUUUUCUUUUGUUUUGAAAAGUGUUAACUUGUGGAAUAUAUUUUGGUAUACUAUUAAAUCUUAUUUAUAAACAAGAAAUUUGUAUAUGGGCAAUAUCCUUUUUCAGACCAUGGAGUUCUGGUCAUGUUAUGAUGGUAAUGGAGAAAUAAAGAUUAGAAAUAUAAUGAGU